AUUUUUGGGUAUCUAACGUUUUCUUUUUGUAUUACUAUAGAUCCAAAUACGCAAAGCAGUGGUAGCAGCAGCGUUGGACGACGCGCAGGGCUAAGAAGAUCAGUUAGUACACGGAUCUUGGGGAAAUCCAACAAUGGCAAUAGCAGCUGCGGCAAAUCGACGCUUGAAUCCCAAGACCUCGCGCCAAAACAACAGUUACAAACCGUAUUUGACGAAGACAGUAACAUUGACAAUAUCAACAAUACAACAGCAGCAGCAGCAGCAACGAUGGGAAAGGAUAGCGGCACACUUCUUGGCAGAUUGCACCAGGUUGGCCGCAAGGGGUCGAUAAUGGACUUGAUGAGCACACAGUCCAGCAGUGGGGCACGAUUUGUCAAAAGGUCCGCAGUGUUUCCCAACGACAACGCGUCGUGGUACAAUUCCACAGGAUAUCCCAAAUCCACCAGGUCGAUCAGAAGCAGCGACGGGACCACUGGUGAAAUGCGCCCGGCCUCCGCGCACAUGUCCAUGGACAGACUCCAUUCGACGUACGAGAGGCCGACUUCGCAGUCGCAGACGAAGCUCAAGGGGUUCCAGGUGCGCGUCAUUAAUACGCAUGUCGGGAGGACUCUAGUCCAUGCGCCGAUUCUCGAGAACUCGGCGACGGAGACUAUGCAGGAGGACGGACCCGAGCUGCCGCCGCUGAGUGCCGCUGAGCUCCGAUAUAAUGCGCAGCGGGCUUUGAUCAAUACCACUGCGGUUUUGAGAACCGCUGUAGGCAGCAAACACGCCAGCAAGGGAGGUGCCUCGAAGCAGCCACAGCAGCCACAGCAGCCUCUGUCGGCAGAAGUGGCGAAUGUGCACGCCACAUGCAGCAGCAGUGGCAAGGCCAAGGAAAGGGAUAUGGGCAAAAGACAGGGCUCACACAGGGUUUCUGAUAAGGGGCACGUGACCCCGCCGACCUCAGCCAUUGGAGGCAGCGGCGAUUGCAACGGCAGCAGUACUGCUCGCACAGGCACUUUGCUUGCCGAGCAGUCGCCAAAGCCGGGGUUCACCGAGCUGAACCUGGGGUUUACGCCUGAGCUCGGGCAGAGCCCGCCGAUGUCGGGAGCGAGCGUGCUGGACCAAUGGGGCAUAUCAGCGGCGGCGCAGUUUGCGCAACAGAACCAUGGGCUACAGCUCGAGGCUGCCCGCCAGGAGCGCUUGCUGCGCGGCGGCGACUACGGCGGUGACGUGGAUGCUGACCAGGGCAGUGAUGCGGAUAGCGUCACCGAGAACGCCGCGUGGAUGGUCGAGCAGAUGGCGAGUGGGUGCACGCCAACGCUCGAGACAAUGUUUCCAAGAGGACCGCCGAGAUCCGAAAACAACGGCCGUUCGGGUCAUACUCCAAACGAACAGCAUAUUUGGCGGACGACUCAGCAUCAACAACCCCAGGACGGGACCACCACCAAGCGGAACCAGUCAGUAGAUAUGUCGCCAUCACAUGGGUUAUCGAGGAAGGAGUCCACGAUCAAGUCAAAGCUCAAGCUGGGAUCCGGAUGGACCCAGAUGCAGUCACCGCAGCCGCAGUCACAGCCGAAGCUCAGCCAGGAGCAGCAGCAGUAUAACCAGCAGCAGUACCAGUUGCACCAGCAGCAGAUUCAGCACUCAUUUAUGUCAGAUUUGGCGGACGAGCGCGAUGCGAACAAAAUGCGCAAGCCGUCGUUUUGGAGCAUCUUCCGCGGACCGUCUCACCGCAAGGACCAUGAUGACAAGGUAUGUCUUAUUAUUUCUCCUGUGUGAUGCGAGAGCACUGCAUGGGUGCACAUUGAUGGCUUUUUUAAAAGGGGCUUCUUGGGUGGUUCUAUGCCGCUUUAUGAAACCUGCAGUGGACCGGCGGUAAUGUUGCGCCUGUAUAAAAGCUUAAAAACUUAUUUUUCAUAUCAGGCUUGACUUUACGACGUUCCGGGGCCUAAUUGGCCAGCACAUUUUUGGUCCUGCAUAUUUCGCUCGUUCCUUAUUUAUGCCCCCUUUUUCGUGGACCAUGGCGUAAAAUAAAUUAGCUGGUCCAGUCCGGACCAGCUGAGCUUGCAUGUGGGCCCAGUCGGCCAAGUGCGCAGGCGUGGUGGCGUAGCUCAAAUAAUACAUACUAAAAUAAAAAAGUGAUGUGCGCGCUUAUACUUUUUUU